CACGGGGCCCGAGAGGCCGCGCUCGCGCGCGCGCGCGGCGGCAGUGGGUCACGUGACGCGCCGCGCCCCCGGCGCCGCCGACGUUGCUGGAAGGGAAGUUGGCCCCGCUGCUGCUGGGUUCGUCUGGUGGGCGGCGGUGGCGGGUCACUUUGGAGCCGGUGGAGGUCUCCGCGGGGCUCCAGGAAGAUGUUACCCAGUACUUCGGUGAAUUCCCCAACUCAGGGGAACGGAGUAUUGAGUUCCAGAGAUGCCGCCAGACACACAGCUGGAGCGAAACGCUACAAAUACCUGAGGAGGCUCUUUCGUUUCCGGCAGAUGGACUUUGAGUUUGCUGCCUGGCAGAUGCUCUACCUGUUCACCUCCCCACAGAGAGUUUAUAGAAAUUUUCAUUACCGGAAACAGACAAAGGAUCAGUGGGCCAGAGAUGACCCUGCUUUCUUGGUCCUGUUAAGUAUCUGGCUCUGUGUGUCCACUAUAGGAUUUGGCUUUGUGCUGGACAUGGGAUUUUUUGAGACAAUAAAGCUGCUCCUUUGGGUUGUAUUCAUAGACUGUGUAGGCGUCGGUCUUCUCAUAUCAACCUUAAUGUGGUUUAUCUCUAACAAGUAUCUAGUCAAACGGCAGAGCAGAGACUAUGAUGUGGAGUGGGGCUAUGCCUUCGAUGUGCAUCUGAACGCUUUUUAUCCCCUCCUCGUCAUUCUGCAUUUUAUCCAGCUUUUUUUCAUCAACCAUGUCAUUCUAACAGACACAUUUAUUGGAUAUUUAGUUGGAAAUACCUUAUGGUUGGUUGCCGUUGGCUAUUAUAUCUACGUAACUUUCCUAGGAUACAGUGCACUGCCAUUUUUGAAAAACACAGUGAUUCUUCUCUACCCCUUUGCACCUCUCAUUCUGCUCUACGGACUAUCACUAGCACUGGGCUGGAACUUCACGCACACGCUGUGCUCGUUCUACAAAUACAGAGUGAAGUGAAACAGGGAGCUUCUUACGUCUUAGCUGCAGCAACAGUAUUGGUGAAGUGGUGAUUUCUUGUGACCCUUGUAAAUAAACUAUCAUUGUAGAUAUCUUAAAGGUGUAAAGUUUGCAAAUUUGAAGAAAUAUAUAUGUUAACACUUAUCGAGUACAUUCCUUAAAAUAAUUAAAUGUACAUUUCUAUAAUAAAUAUUUUUAAACUAAA